CCUUUUCUUUUUUUUUUUUAAUAAUUGAGUGAUGUGUUUUUUUAAUAAAUAGUUUGUAGAUAUGGAGCAGUUGAGUGCGGUGAAGGAGGCGUUACACGUAUCGACGACUCCACCGACGAUAGUGUGUCGAGAUGAGCAGAGAAGGAUAGUGGAGUUUUGUAGGAAAUGUGUUGAGGAAGAUAAGUCUGGGAGUUUGUAUAUUUGUGGCUGUCCUGGCACCGGAAAGUCACUUUCUAUGGAUAAUGUCAAAGGGUCUCUUACUCUUUGGGCUAAAGAGACAGGGGGCGAUCUGCCGGAUAUUUUGAACUUAAACUGUACUUCUCUCACAAGCACUUCAGAAAUUUUCAACAAGAUACAUGAAAAGAGUCAACCAAAUAAGAAACUCACUGCUCGUUCUACGCCCUUACGACAACUUCAGCAACUGUAUUCUCAAAAGCAGCAGUCAGCCGACACUAAAAUGAUGUUGGUGAUUGCUGAUGUGCUUGAUUACUUGAUCACUAAGGACCGAGUGGUGCUUCAUGAUCUGUUUAUGCUAACAACAUUGCCCUUUUCAAAACUUAUAUUGAUAGGUAUAGCUAAUGCGAUCGACUUAGCAGACCGUUUUCUACCAAAACUGCAGUCUUUAAAUUGUAAGCCUAUGGUUGUGACUUUUCAAGCCUAUUCCAUGGAUCAGAUAAUUAUUAUUCUUAAACAACAGCUAAUGUCACUCUCUUGUACCGUCUUCCAGCCACAAGCAUUGGAACUCUGCGCACGGAAAGUAGCUGCAGCAUCCGGAGAUAUGAGGAAAGCUCUUGGUAUCUGCAGGGGUGCAAUCGAAAUGCUUGAAUCUGAACCUCGAGAAUCUACCUGCACUUUAAAUCUGACAUCAAUGGUCAGAGUUGAUCAUAUGGCCAUGGCUUUGUCAAGGGCUUACAAAUCACCAAUAGUUGACACUGUACAGUCUCUUCCCCAACAUCAUCAGGUACCGUUGUUCUACCUUAAAAAGUCUUGAGGUGGCAACAUGG